GUAAGGUACCAUCACCUUCACUACUGUGUUAUUCCCCUCUCAGAGAGAACAACCCUCGCUUCUUGGAAGUUCUCAACAUGCUGGAGUCAUCACCAGUGUGCCAGUCACUCGCCAUGCACUCCUUCCUCAUGUUGCCAAUGCAGAGGAUCACCCGCCUGCCCCUGCUGGUGGAUGCCAUCUUCCACCGUCUGGAGCACAACACUCCCAUCUGGCACGAGUACAAAGUUGCCCUUGCCACACUGACCAAGAUUGUAGCGGAGUGCAAUGAGGGAGCACGGCGGAUGGAGCGCAUGGAAGAGAUGCUUAUCCUCUCCCGCCAGCUGGAUUUCCGGGAGGUGAAAGCCAUCCCUCUCAUUUCAGCCUCACGCUGGCUGGUUAAGAAAGGUGACCUCACUCGCCUUACGUGGAGAGAGAAUGAUGGUAAACUAACAUUUGGGAAGAGGAUAUCCAAGUGCACAUUACACUUCUUCCUCUUCACUGACCUCCUGGUGGUAACCAAAAAGAAGAGUGAGGACCAGUACAUGGUGCUGGACUACUGCUCCCGCAACAUGGUGCAGGUGCUGGAACUGGACACCUCUGACAAGUUUCCUGGACGUAUCCUGGAUGGCCACAAGAACCUUCUCAUCAUGACCAUGUUGCAGAAUCAUGAAAAUAAAACUGUGGAGAUGAUUGUGUCUUGCCCCAUGGAAUCAGACAGGACACGCUGGGUGGAGGCUGUCACUCCACGCAGCUCAGACAACCCAGAUGAGCGGAUCUAUGAGGAAUGGGAUUGUCCCCAAGUCCAGGCCAUACACCCCUAUGUUGGCAAGCAGGCAGAUGAGCUCUCCCUUGAGGUGUCUGAUGUUGUCAAUGUCCUAAAAAAGAUGUCUGAUGGUUGGUAUCAUGGAGAGCGCAUCAGGGACCAAGAGCGAGGGUGGUUUCCUGGGAGAUUCACAGUGGAGAUCUCCUCAACCCAUGUGCGGGCAAGGAACCUCCGCCAGCGCUAUCGCCUGCUGGCCAUAUCUGGUUCUCUCCUUGAUGAGCUAAAGAAGGAAAAAGAACGCUUUGAGAAGGAGAUACGAAAGAAGGACCGUAGACGCACAUUAACCAUCAUGGAAGUUAUAUCAUCUCAGACGCAGGCUAUAAGUUAGAUGCAAUAUCCUGAUGUGUGAUGUGGAAGUGAAUACUCAGUGUGACCUCUGCCACCUCAAUGUGACCAGUGUCAUUUGUGCCUUCUUUUCUCUAUGGCAGAAUUGAAAGUAAGUGGUGAAAUGUUACAAAGUUUUCAACCUACUUGGCUUUAGAAUUACCAGGAAGAGUUUGUAAAUAAUGUAUUAUUUAAAUUGCUACUGAAGUAAAUUUUGAUGCAGUAAAGUGUGUGUGUGUGUGUGUGUGUGUGUGUGUGUGUGUGUGUGUGUGUGUGUGUGUGUUUUUUUUUAUAUACAUUCCUUACUUUCAUUGUGUUUUCUGGUUUAUUCUAAAUACUACAUUUAUUUUCUAGGGAAGCUACAAUUCUUAUAUUGUUCUAAUGUCUAUCUUUCCUUGAAUUAUCUCCUCAUAAAGUAUCCAUCUUCACUCUCUUCCUACAAUAAAAGAUUUAAAAAAUUUUUGUUCUCAAACUGUCCUUCAUUUAUAUAUUAAAAUCAUGUCUCCCCUCUUGUAUAUGUGUAUUCACCUAGUUGUAAUUUUACAGGGCCUGGGUAUCAUACUUGUGUGGCCCCGUCUCCAUAUCUACACACAUCCAACUUUCCUUUAAAACUAUGCACUCUCCUUGCUGACACCACCUCCU